GCUCCCUCUCCCAGUCUUCCUAAUUCAGCACAGCAGUGACAGCCUGUACAUCAUGCAGCUGGUGGCCAGCCUGGUGUCCGUUCUGCUGCUGGUGUGGAGCGUGAGAGCCACCGCACUGCCCGGAGAAGAGAGACUCGCAAUACAGAACACUAGGGAACAGAGCACAGUCCGGAAAGAUGCCAUCCUGAAGAUGCUGGCGGGCCUGCUGGACAGCGUGGACUUGGGGCGCGAGGUGGCCUCCCCGGAUGUGGAAGAGGCGGGCAAGCUGGAGGAGGAGCGGGCGGUGCUGGGGCACAUCGCCCAGCUAUCGCAGCGGGACCGCAAGGCCCCCUGCAAAAAUUUCUUCUGGAAAACCUUCACCUCCUGCUAGUGCCGCC